AUGAGCAAAUAGAUGCGGAACAGGGAGAAGGAGAGGGGGCGGUAGUCUGCUGCCCUUCACGGUCAUUUCGGCACAAUUCUAUAAAAUCGUCAUCAUUUCGUAUUAUUGCAUCGGUUGCAUCGGAAUUUAAGUAUAAACCGUGAACAUGGCACAGCCAGAUACCAAGAAGAUAUUCUUUGAGAACCUCUCUGGAGCUGGAAAAGCCAUCGCCGUGCUGACUAGCGGAGGGGAUGCUCAAGGGAUGAAUGCAGCUGUGCGUGCUGUGGUUCGAAUGGGCACAUAUGUAGGAGCAAAAGUUUAUUUCAUUCGUGAGGGCUAUCAAGGUAUGGUGGAUGGUGGGGAGAAUAUAAUCGAGGCCACAUGGGAAAGUGUGUCCAGCAUGCUUCAAGUGGGUGGGACGGUUAUCGGCAGUGCCCGCUGCAAAGACUUCCGCACCCAUGAAGGACGCCUGAAGGCUGCUCUUAACUUGGUAAAGCUCGGCAUCACCAACCUGUGUGUGAUUGGUGGAGAUGGCAGCCUGACUGGAGCCAACCUCUUCAGGGAGGAAUGGAGUGGACUGCUAGCGGAACUAGUAGAGCAAGGUUCUAUCGAACGCCAGUCUGUUGAGACUUACUCUGCCCUUCACAUUGUCGGCAUGGUGGGCUCCAUUGAUAACGACUUCUGCGGAACCGAUAUGACAAUAGGCACAGAUUCCGCUCUGCACCGAAUCAUCGAGGUGGUGGAUGCAAUUAUGACAACGGCACAGAGUCACCAGAGGACAUUUGUUUUAGAAGUAAUGGGCAGACACUGCGGCUACCUGGCCUUGGUUAGUGCCCUGGCUUGUGGGGCAGACUGGGUGUUAAUCCCUGAGAUGCCCCCGGAAGAUGGCUGGGAAGAGAAGAUGUGUCAAAAACUGUCCGCGACCCGUUCCAGGGGCACAAGGCUGAAUAUAAUCAUAGUAGCAGAAGGAGCCAUUGAUAGGCACGGGAAGCCCAUAACAUCUAGUAUUGUCAAGGAUCUUGUUGUCAAAUGUUUGGGUUUUGACACACGAGUGACAAUCCUGGGUCACGUGCAGCGAGGAGGGACCCCUUCUGCUUUUGAUCGUAUCCUGGCCAGCCGAAUGGGCGUGGAGGCUGUUCUCGCCCUGCUGGAGACCACAGCCAAUACGCCAGCGUGUGUUGUGUCUCUGAGCGGUAACCAAUCAGUGCGCUUGCCUCUGAUGGAAUGUGUACAGAUGACUCAAGAGGUGCAAAAGGCAAUGGAUGAAAAAAAGUUUGAAGAAGCAGUUAAGCUUCGUGGCAGGAGUUUUGAGAACAACCUGAAGACGUACAAACUGCUUGCUCAUCGUAAACCAGAGUCUGAACUGCCCAUUAGCAAUUUUAAUGUGGCGGUGUUGAAUGUGGGCGCACCCGCGGCGGGAAUGAAUGCGGCCGUCCGGUCAGCUGUCAGGGUGGGCAUCUCGGAGGGGCAUAAAAUGUUUGCCGUCAGUGAUGGCUUUGAGGGCUUCUACAAAGGCCAGAUUAAGGAGAUUAAAUGGGCUGAUGUUGGAGGAUGGACAGGACAGGGAGGAUCUCUUUUGGGAACAAAAAGAACACUCCCUGCAAAGCAUGUUGGCAAAAUUGCUGAGCAGAUGCGAACUCACAACAUAAAUGCACUGCUGGUCAUUGGCGGAUUUGAGGCCUUCCUGUCGCUGCUGGAGUUGUUAACGGCACGCGGGAAGUAUGAGGAGUUCUGUGUGCCCAUGAUCAUGGUCCCGGCCACGGUCUCCAACAAUAUACCAGGCUCAGACCUCAGCAUUGGAGCUGACACAGCUCUGAAUGCCAUUACGACUACUUGCGACCGCAUCAAGCAGUCUGCCAGCGGGACAAAGAGGCGUGUGUUCAUCAUCGAGACCAUGGGGGGCUACUGUGGCUACUUGGCUACCGUGGCGGGUCUCGCUGCUGGUGCGGACGCCGCAUACAUCUACGAGGAGCCCUUUGACAUCAGGGACCUGCAGGCCAAUGUUGAGCACUUGACAGAAAAAAUGAAGACAAGCAUUCAGCGAGGCCUCGUGCUCAGAAAUGAGAACUCUAAUGAAAACUACACCACAGACUUCAUCUACCAGCUGUAUAGUGAAGAAGGGAAAGGUGUGUUUGACUGCAGGAAGAAUGUGCUGGGACACAUGCAGCAGGGAGGAGCUCCGUCUCCGUUUGAUCGAAACUUUGGGACCAAGAUUUCUGCCAAGGCGAUGCAGUGGGUCACCAAAAAGCUGGUGGAGACAUUCAGACAAGAUGAAGGCAGAGUGUUUGCUAACACUGAGGACAGUUGCUGCUUGCUAGGAAUGCGCCGCAGAGCGCUGGUCUUCCAGCCAGUGGUACAACUCAAGGGGGAGACGGACUUUGUUCACAGAAUUCCCAAGGAGCAGUGGUGGUUGAAACUUCGUCCUCUGAUGAAGAUCCUCGCCAAGUACAAGACUAGCUACGACGUCUCGGACUCCGGGCAGCUGGAACACGUCGUGCACCACCUGCCCAAAGACUCGGACGCCUCUGUGGCCAUGUGAAGAUAUCCGGUCGCCCGCAAAUUCCAAGCCUGUGUGUUAACUGAGGUGUGAAUUCCAUUGUCUAAACACACCAGUAAGACCUUUACCUUCAAGGCAUCCAUCCUAUGUGGACGUAGUCAUUGAUCUGUACGCUAACCUCAGAUUUGUUCCUAGUGACAUCCGCACAUAUAUUGUAUCGUCUUGCACACACACACACACGCACACAAACGACUUUUCAACACAUGUUCUGGAUGUUUAUCAAUGUCAUGUUGAUUUUGAAAUUUUGCACUUUCCCUGUCUCGAGUUAACGUAGGCAGGCUCUGAGGCUAGCGCUUGUACAUUGCUCCAAAAACAGAUAUACUACUCAUAAAAGGUUAUUUAAGAUUCACCCAAAAAUGCAUUAGAGCUUUUAUAGGUAAAACUAAAUUGAGUCAUAAAAGUAGACGUCCUUAGAAAUCCUCACGGCUCAAGCACCUUUUUGUGAAAUUUGACAAAUUCAAAUUAAAUUCAGAGUUGUAAAGUUAUUUUAGAUAUUUUAGGAUUUACCCAAAUAUGCAGUAGAGCUUUUACAGGUAAAAAUAAAUUGAGUCAUAAAAGUAGACGUCCUUAGAAAUCCUCAUGGCUCAAGCAACUUUUGUGAAAUUUGACAAAUUCAAAUUAAAUUCAGAGUUGUAGUAUAUUUUAGGUUUAUCCUGAAAUAUCAUCCCAAAUAUAUUGUCAACUUUUCUUGUCUUUAUCAUGCAACAAAUGUGAGGCUCUACAUGCAUGUGAGAUGCAACACAGCUAACAAAGAGGAGCGUGCGCUAGGCUUUACACUGAGAUCUAAUAUUUAUCUUUUUAACAGAUUAUUUUGUGUCAACAUGGGUAUAACGUAAACUGUAGGCACUGCUGUAGCUGUCUGACAUUGCACAAACAUGUUAAAUGUGAAUAAAAAUUAAGUUGACAUACCCCA